AUGGCUACCCCUAGUGUCCUCACUUUUGACGCUGAGGGUCGGGCCAUUGACUUUGAGGUCUGGGUAGACGACCUGCAACUGUUCUUACAGUGCGAUAGGGCAGACGGCCUCUCUCUCUUUGACCUUACCUCUGGCGCUUCCCCUGCCCCUGCUGCUGAUGCUGACGCCAUUGUUCGCUGCCAGUGGGCCACGCGCGACGCUGCUGCACGUCUUGCUGUGCGUCGCCACCUCCCUACCUCCGAGCGUGCGCACUUUAGUCAGUACAAGAGUGCUCAGACCUUGUACGACGCUGUAGUCGCGCGCUACUCCUCCCCUGCCACUGCUGCACUGAGCCGUCUCAUGCUACCGUACCUCUUCCCUGACCUUGCUGCCUUUCCCACCGUGGCUGACCUCAUUACGCACCUCCGCACUAGUGACACUCGCUACCGCGCUGCACUCCCUGCUGACUUCUGCGCCAAGAACCCCCCCCCCAUGUACAUCACUCUGUACUUCCUAGUCACUCGCCUUCCUGACUCCCUUCGUGUAGUCAGGGACCACUUUCUCUCAGUCUGUCCCACCACACUCACUGUCGAUCUCCUCGAGAAGGCCCUCUUAGCAGCGGAGAAGAGUAUAGUCGCUGUAGGAGCCUCUCGAGGUGACCCGCGCACCCCCAUCUUUGAGGGGUGUUCCCCCUCCCCCCUGCUGCCCUCUGUUGCCUCUGCUGCUACGGCCGACCUCCUUGGUCUUGAGUCGGUCGGUGCGGCGUCUGCCCCUAGCGGGAGACGCCGCCCUGGCAAGGGCAAGGGGGGCAAGGGAGCUGGAGGAGCGGGCGGUGGAGGUGGAGGUGGAGGCGGUGGGGUUAGUGGGGGUGGCGGUGGGAGUGGAGGUGCGGGUGGGGGGGUCAGUGGCGGCGGUGGAGGCGGAGGCGGCGGCGGCGGUGGCGGUGGGAGCGGAGGUGGCGGAGGAGGCGGCGGUGGAGGCGGCGGUGGAGGCGGCGGUGGAGGCGGCGGCAGUAGCGGAGGCGGCGGAGUCGGUGGGGGUGGCGGUGGAGCUGGUCGCGGGCCUUCGCAGAGGAGUGGCUCCGGUAGUGGCGCGCGCCAGCAGCAGCAGCGCGGUCGUGAGACCCUGUCCCCUCAGCAGCUCCGUGAGUGGUACACUGCACGCCAGCGGGGUGGGGGUUUUGGUCCGUGCACCUACGUCCUGCGCACCGGCGACCGUGCGGGUGAGCAGUGUGGGGGUCUGCACCCCACCCAGCGCUGCUUUGGCCGCCUGACGGACGCGUGGCGUCACCAGUUCCCGGAGGCCUCAGAGAUUCCUCGCUGGGGCGAGCUGUCUAGGGCGGGUGUUGCCAUCUUUGAUCUUGACUUUGAUGCUAUUCUCUCUGCCAUGUAUGCUGUGUCUCAUAGUGAUGAGGGUGACUGCUACCGCUGUUUCCCGCCUGAUCCGGGCAUUGAGGCUGCUGCCCUAGGUGCUUGCGACGCUGCUGCUCUAGGUGCUAGUGUGUCUGCGUCCUUAGGUACUGGUGAGUCUGCGCUCUCAGGUACUACGUCGGCUUCGGCCUCCCUCACCUUCACUCUUGACUCUGGGGCGUCUCGCUCCUUCUUUCGGGACCGCACCACACUCACGCCGCUUAGUCGGCCGGUUGCGGUGUCUCUGGCUGACCCCUCCGGGGGUCCUGUACUGUCUCGCUUCUCCACAGUCCUCCCGUGUCCGGCGGCUCCCUCUGGCACCCUGUCUGGUCUCUACCUCCCCUCGUUCUCGACGAACCUGGUGAGUGGUGCUGACCUACAGGAUGGGGGAGUACACCAGUUCACUCCUGCGCGUCAGCGGGUGACGCACUGUACAGAGGCUAGCACAGGCCGGCACCUGGCUACGUUUACCCGUCAGCCGGGGUCGAGCCUGUACACACUGACCACUGCGUCUCCUCCCGUUACUGAGUCUGGUAGAGUCGCUUCGUCCGGUCAGGUGUUUGCUGCAGCGUCUCGGUCUGGUCCUGAGUCUGCCCCCUGUUCGUGUCGUUUCUUGUCUCAUGAGACUCUCCUCUGGCACCACCGUCUUGGUCACCCCUCUCUGCUUCGGCUCAGAGGCAUGGCCUCCCGUCUUCUUGUGUCUGGUCUCCCCCGGUCCCUCCCUCCCCUUCCUCAGGGCCCUGGCCCUGCCUGUGUCCCCCGUGUCGAGGGGCGCCAGCGGGCUACCCCUCACUCCUCCCAGUUUCCUCCGACAGAGGCCCCGUUGCAGACGCUUCACAUGGACGUGUGGGGCCCGGCCCGCGUCCGUGGACAGGGUCACGAGCGCUACUUCCUGCUCGUUGUUGACGACUACUCGCGUUACACCACGGUCUUCCCCUUGCGCAGCAAGGGUGAUGUUACUGAGGUGCUGAUCGACUGGAUCCGUGCGGCUCGUCUCCAGCUCAGGCGGAGCUUUGGCUCGGACUUCCCUGUUCUGCGUCUGCACUCGGACAGAGGCGGAAAGUUUUCCUCUGGCCUAUUGCGAGCCUACUGUCGCGCACGAGGCACCCGUCAGACCUUCACGCUUCCGGACUCACCGCAGCAAAAUGGGAUUGCUGAGCGCCGCAUUGGCAUGGUCAUGGACGUCGCUCGUACGUCUAUGAUGCAUGCGGCUGCCCCCCAUUUUCUGUGGUCGUUUGCGGUUGGCGAUGCGUCGGCGUUCCGGGUCUGGGGAUCUCGGGCGUUUGCCCGCGACUUGUCUUCGGACAAGCUGUCCCCUCGUGCUGCUCCUUGCGUCUUCCUGGGGUUCCCCCCUGACGCGCCUGGGUGGCAGUUCUACCACCCCACCUCUCGACGUGUUUUGUCCUCCCAGGACAUCACGUUUGACGAGUCGGUCCCCUACUACCGCUCUUCCCCUACCGCACUCCGUCCCUCCCCCCACCCCCGCUCUUCCUUGUACCAGGUAGACGCAGUCGAGCCUGUCGAGGUCACUGGUGACUCUGGUGCUGCUGGGGGUGCUGAGCCUGGGGGUGCUGGACCUGGGGGUGCGGAGUCUGGGGGUGCUGAGCCUGGGUGUGCUGCGUCUGGGGGUGCUGAGCCUGGGGGUACUGAGCUUGGGGGUGCUGAGCAUGGGGGUGCUGAGCUUGGGGGUGCUACGCGUGGGGGUGCUGAGCCUGGAGGUGAUACGCCUGGGGGUGCUGAGCCUGGAGGUGCUACGCCUAGGGGUGCUGGGAGUGGAGGUGCUCCGCCUGGAGGUUCUCCGGGUGCUUCUUCUCGCCGGGAUCCACUCUCUUUACAGGAGCUGCGCGAGUGGUUUGCCCGGCGCUGGCGCCGUACUGCUGGUGCUGGAGGUUCUUCGGCUGCUGAGGGUGCUGCGGUCGCGGGUCUCGGAGGUGCUCGUAGUGGGAGUAAUGGAGCUGCUGGGCCUACGGGUUCGACUGGAGCUGGUGCUGCUGAGGGUGUUGGCGCUGAGACUACCAUUGGCGGUCCUACUGGGGGUGCUCCUGGUGCUGCUGGAGGUGCUGCUGGAGCGGGUGCUCCUGCUGAGGGUACUGGUGCUGUCCCUGCUUCUUCUGGCGUCGUCACGCGGCCUCGACCAUUAUUAUAG